AUGCUUGGAUUGUGCGUUGCUCUUGGUGCCAUUCUUUCAAGGAUAAUAUUUAAUGAAAUACUAGCUUACCAGGUGGAGAUUGUGCCAGUCAAGAAAGAGUCCAAGGCAGAAUCUGAUGAAACAUCAUCAUCCUGUUCUUCAGUUGAAGAAUCAUCUGUUUCACCAAACAAACAAGAUGAAGCACAGAAAAAGAUCAAUAAUUUGGUUGCAAUUGCAAGAGCUGUUGUUUCUAAAGAGGAAGUUAUUCUCUACGAGGAUCUACUCCACUAUGCAUCAAACUGUUGGCCGCAACCAGAGCUUACCUUUGAUGAGGCAGUAAAAUUUCUGUCAGAUUUUCAAACAAAAUCCUCUCCUGAAAACAGCACCAACACGUCCAAAGAAGAAAUUGUUUCUAAUUUGAUUGAAGACUCUCAAACUCCUGCUUCUAUUAUUAAAUACUAG